GGCAGGGGCAAAGAACAUUCAGAGGCAAGACAUCCAUAGAUUGGAAGAUGAAGAAUAUUCAGAGGCAAAGAACAUUCUGUACUCUGUUCAUGAAGAACAAACGCAAAUCCAGUUUCAGUUGGCUUCCUUCGGUAAAGCCAAAAAGAAAAGGUAUGAAAACUUUUUGCCGUUUGCUUGAUUGCAAGGAAAACGAUGCUAGCCGAGAAAUCGAGGAAAGUAGCAGUUAACUUGAUUUGAAAUGCAAAGAAUUUAGGGCGACUACAUAACGAUCCAUUUUGAAGACGAGAAAGGAAGAAAUCGAGAAUCAAUCAGACAAAAUUAAACCCUAACAAUGGCCGGACUUCUUGACAUUGUUGCCGGAAAUCUGCUCGGAAGGAUAGUUAAAGCCGCCGAUCGACCAGAUUUUCGUCAUAUCCGAAGCGAACUAAGAAACCUUGAAACGACUGUGUCGAAUCUCAAGUCCGGACUCCGAGACGCCGAGGAGAAGCAGGCAAGCGAUGCGGAACUCUAUGAUCUGCUUAAACAACUCAAACAUGCAUUUUCAAUGGCCGACGAUCUGCUUGAGGAAUUGGAAUGCGAAUACUUGAAGUGGAGAGUGCAGAAUAGAAAGAAUGACGUUGACAAAAAAGGAUGCCAGUUCUUUUCUUGUUUCUCGUCCAAUUACUUCGUUUCUGCAACUAAAACUGCCGCUAAACUCAACGAAAUCACGAAGACUUUAGAUACGAUUGAGGAAACCAUGUCUGAAUUCUCUCUGGUUGAAGAUGAAAAUGAACAUAUCAAACGUCUGAAGAGUGAAAUGAGUCUGCGGACCUCCAUUACUGGUUCACAAGUUUUCUCAAGGCUUCUGCAUUUGAAAAAAGAGGCGAUUCUCUCUGAUAAUUUCGACUACAUUGUUGGUAGAGAUGAAACAAAACAGAGUAUCAUUGAUGAACUACUGAAAGAUGAAGAUGAUGAAAAAAAAUCUCGGCUUAUUCUUUCAAUCCAUGGAGAUGGAGGGAUGGGAAAGACGGCUCUGGCCAAGUUAGUUUACAAUGCCCACCAAGUGUUUGAUCAUUUUGACAAGAGAAUGUGGUUAUGUGUUUCUGAAGAUUUUGAUGUUCGGAGAAUCAGAAGGGAGGUUCUCAGUUCAGCAACUGGAGAAAAGGUUAGUGAUCUCUUAACCGACUGCCGUUUACUAAUCCGGCUCAAACGGAGCUUUGUUGGCCGAAAAUUCUUGCUUGUUUUGGAUGAUUUUGGGGAUUUGGACCCUGAUAGAGUAUCGGAACUGGAAAAAUUAGUGAAGAUGGGUGCUAAUGGCAGCAAGAUCAUGAUCACCACUCGCAGUGAGCAAACUGUACAGGAUUCUGUAACAUACAAGGUUGAAAAACUCGACGAGGAGAAAUCCAUGGUUUUAUUUGAACAGACAUUUGGAAGCAAAAACCUUACUGAAAAUAUGACCAGAAUUCACAGUGAACUCAAGAAAGAACUUGUGCCAAAAUGUGGAGGAGUUCCUUUUGCAAUCAAAUCCUUGGCAGGACUGCUCUCUUCGGAAGCGAGUGAUGGUGUCGAGUGGUUGGAUGUCAAGGCCUUGAGGGAGAAAUUGAAACAGGAAGAGGUGAAGGAGGGUGGUUGCGUUUUACGUGCACUGAGACUGAGUUAUGAUCUAAUGCCAUCUUACUUAAAGCCUUGUUUUCUUUGCUUUUCAUUGUUGCCUAAAGAUUAUGUGUUCUACUCAUUUGAGAUAAUCCAGUUAUGGAUGGCGCAAGGAAUCCUUCAUUCAGAUAGCCAAGAUCCUGAGGAUGUUGGGGAGCAAUACUUCAAAGAAUUGUGGUCUCGCGGUUUACUCGAAGACGUUGAGGAGCACGCUCUUGGAUAUUGGUUCAAAAUCCAUAGCCUUGUUCAUGAUCUUGCAGUACAACAGGCUAGUAAGGACCAACAGAACCUGGAAAGUUUGCAUCAGCUGUCAUUUGUCGACUGCAACAACAAGGAUUUGCCCCGGCCGACAUGUGAUAAAAUUUGUGUUCUUUCCAUUCCAGUGGGAGGAGGUGUGGAGCCAAAGAUCAAUGGAGUUCCUCUUUUCAAAUGCAUCACCAAGUUCAAGCAGCUAAGGGUCUUAUACUUAUGCAACUCUUCAUUGGAAGAAAUUCCAACCUCCAUCGACACGCUGAAACAUUUAAGGUACUUAGAUUUGCGAGGGAGCCGACGACUCAAGAGGUUGCCAGAGUCUAUUUGCAAGCUACAGAGCCUGCGGACCCUGAUACUUGCAUUCUGCUCAGAGCUUGAAGAGCUUCCCAAAGACAUAAAGAACUUGAUCAGCCUCAGAUUCUUAUGGAUACAGACAAAGCAAGCCAGCAUGGGAAAAGAUGGCAUAGGAAGCUUAACGUCACUUCGUUUUCUCGCCAUCGGAGGUAGCAAAAACUUGACUCACUUGUUUGAAGAUAUUGAUAGACUCAAUUCCCUUCAAACACUAAUCAUUUAUGAUUGCAAAUCGCUGCUGACAUUGCCAAAAGGCUUGGAAAACUUGAGGUCGUUUUGUAAUAUGGCACUAUGGGGGUGUGAGCGGCUGAGAUUCCCAAUCUCAGUGGACUUCCUUCAUUUUAAGAAAUUGAUACUCAGAGGACUUCCUGCAAUUGCCACAUUGCCAAAGUGGAUAGAGUAUUUGAGUGAUGAUUUGGAAGUGCUAGAAUUUGGAGAAUUUCCCAUGCUAAGAGUAUUUCCUAUCUGGCUUUCAGAUUUCUGGGGCCUUCGACUUCUUGGGAUCUCCAACUGCCCUAGAUUGCCAGGUUUUCUUCCUGAUCUAUAUUCUUUUGAAAAUAUGAAGGAAUUGAGGGUCACGUUUUGUGGAUCCUUUAGCCAAAAAGUUGUGGAGGAAAUCAAUUAUCAAAAUCAAAAUCUCUCUCAGAUCUCUACCAUUUAUGUUGACUCCAAAAAAGUGAAGCCGCGAGUAGUAUCGGCAGAUGAACACAAGGCAUCAGGUGGAGCUGAACAACCUGAAGAAGUAAGGGAUGGAGUAGAUAAUGAUGAACAGGAGAGUGAUGCUGAUCAUGUUGGAUCCAAUACUGAUGUCCAUGAGAGUGAUGCUCAACAUGUUGGAUUCAACAACAAUGCUGGAGUUCAACCAAAACAAGAUGGUAUUGGUAGUGACAUUCAUGAAUCGAGUGGUGUCCGACAGGAUAACGGAGCAGCUGAAAACGGUCGUGUUGGGGCUGGACAAACUGGACAAGGAGAACACGACCGAGCUACGAAUGAUGAUCAUCGUGAAGCUAACAUCGGUAACGAUAUUGGGACCGGACAACCUUUAAAACCAGAACACGAUAACGCUAACAAUGAUAGUCAUGCUGGUAGUGGACAAACUGUUGGAGAGAAAGUAGAUGAAGUUGCCGACGAUAAACCUGUCAGAGCAGAACAGGUUGAUCCGAACGCCGGGACUAGACACAUCUUAAGAACAAAACAUGAUGGAGAUGCAGAGGACAGUCAUGUUGGGGCUGAACAAACUGCAGAAACUAAAAAGGAUUUAACUGGUGAUGAUAGUCAUAUAAAUGCAGGGCAAAUUGAAGGGGUAAAUCUUGGUGGAGCAAAUGAGAAUGGCGAUGGUGAGGUUUGUUUGGGUGACAAUGACCACGCCGGAGCUGAACAAUGUAUGGUCGUUACAUUCGAGGGUUUCUAAGGAUGUGUUUUUCGAGAGCGAUAUCGACUUUUA